AGAAAUACCACCUGCUGCCUCCUGCUGUCGUCUUGGCCUGUGCUAUGUAAGGGUGUGUGUGUGUUUUGUCAGGCAUACACGCUGUUUGCCUCGCGUCCACACACAUGGCUCCGCGCGGCUGUCUCCUCCUCCCUCUGAUCUUUAUUGUAUCGCCAAGAGUCAUCCUCGCACAAGGUGCAUGCGGCGAUAAACCAAGCAAUCCCUGUGAUCCUGUCGAUGAUAGCAUCUGUGCUAACUGCCCCACAUACGAUCCCGUGCCGAACCCUCAAGACUGCAACAGUUACUAUAUGUGCAAUAAUAAUGUCUUAAUCACGGAUGAUCCCAUCUUCUGCCCGGACGGUAAUAUAUUCGACCUGAGUAGUAAGAACUGUAAGCCAGAUGAUGGCAAAUGCACGCCUUACUGCGAAAACUCAGGCGGCGGGAAUUGCCUCUAUACCUGCGGCAAAAAUGUUGUCGGUUUUCUUAUAGCUGAUCCAUUUGACUGUAGCGUGUUCUACGAGUGCGUCAGUGAUGGCAGCAGUGAUGUUAAACCAGGCCCGGCUAAAACGUGUCCCGCUGAUAAACCGUACUUUGAUGGGGAGAAGUGUGGGGUGGAUGAGUCUGCUUGCUGUCACUGCCGGCCUUACUGCUACCCCGGAGACGAGGGCAAGAAGGUAGAGGACCCCACAGACUGCCGGAAGUAUUUCUUCUGCACAGCGGAGGAAAAUGUGCCGAGCUUACAAGGUGAGUGUGAAGAUAAUAAGCACUUUGACUUGCACGCGGGGAAGUGUAGCAGCACCGCCCCGUGCAUGACGCUGUGCAGGAACGUGGUGGACAAGGACGGCUGCAUCGACCCCUACACGUGCCAGGAAAUAGGCUACUUCCCCGUAUGCAAGUCACAGUGCCUGCAGGACUACUACCACUGCCGGGAGGUCAGUGACGACUUCGCUUUGCCGGAGACGUGCCCCAAUGGCCUUGUCUUCAACCCUGAUACUCUGCAGUGUGUCAAGAAUGAGACGUGUCCCUAUCACAAGUCGCUGCCUCACUAACGCUGUACCCGCCUACCUGCUGCGGCGCCACCAGCCUCAAUAAAGUGAUGGGCAGGAGAUUUAUUUCAUGAGUCAAUAAAAUGUGGAAGUUUA